UAUAGAUACAAGUUCCAAAGGCUUACGGAACAUCGAUACAUCCAAUAACGUGGAGCACCAAGAAGACGCAAACUACCCCUUUCUUCUCGGAACACCCUUUUUCUUGAAUCCUCUCUCUAUUUUCGUACCAAUUCAUCUAAUUCAUCUUCCAUUGUUCAGGUGCUAUUAUAAUGGCAAAAGUUAACAAUGCUGCUGGAAAUUCUGACUCCCGACGUACUAGAAGCAGUUCAUGUCCAUUGAGGUCAUGCUGUUCGAAGGGUAUUAAAGAUGUUCACAAGAAGAAGAAGCAGGUUACCUUGUCCGAGAAGAAAGAAUGGGGUGAUGCGGUUUGUUCCGUUUGUCUUGAGUACCCUCACAAUGCGGUUCUUCUCCUUUGCUCCUCCUACCACAAAGGCUGUCGCCCUUAUAUGUGCGCAACUAGCUAUCGCUAUUCCAAUUGUCUUGACCAAUACAAGAAGGCCUAUACUAAAGUGAACCUCACAGAGAGUUCGUUUCCAAUGCAUACGUCAAUAGAUGAAUCAAACUUAAGCUUAGGGUUAGAUUGGUCUGAAGAGAAGAAGGAAAUAUCUGAGCUUCUGUGCCCUCUAUGUCGGGGACAGGUGAAAGGCUGGACUGUUGUUGAACCAGCUCGCAAAUAUCUUGACAAGAAGAAAAGGGCCUGUAUGCAAGAUAAGUGCUCAUUUGUUGGAAGUUACAAAGAACUGAGGAAGCACGUAAGGGCAGCACAUCCAUGGUCACGACCCCGAGAGGUAGACCCUUCACUUGCAGAAAAAUGGAAAAAGCUGGAGAACGAGAGAGACCAAAAUGAUGUGAUGAGCACAAUCAGGUCAUCUAUGCCAGGUGCAGUUAUCAUGGGAGAUUAUGUGAUUGAGGGUAACUAUCGUGGCUUUUCUAGAAACUAUGAUGUUGGUGACUAUCUUGGUCUAGGUGAUGUCCUCCUUAGGUUAGAAUCAUAUCGUGGAGAUGAGGAUGAUGAUUCUUAUCCUGAUGAAAUUCUCGAGGGGGGUUUUAAUUCUUGGGAUGAGGAAGACGAUGUUGGGAUCCAUCCUUCUCGUUCUUCAUCUGGACGCCUUAAUAAUUAUAUUACUCGUGUUGGUCGCCGUCACAACAGAAUGUUGAUGGGGGUCUCGAGGAGACAGCGUAGGCGUAGAGCUAGCAAUGAAAAUCAGUAAUCUAUACUGAAAUACUGCAAGGGGGGACUUGAUUAGUUCUAUUUCGUAAUCAGCAAAUCCGUGGCUUAAACACUGGUUACAACCCCCCCCCCCCCCCCCCCCCCCCCCCGAUGAUUAUCUGAAUGCAAUGUGACAUCUGUUUUCUUUGAUGUAGUCUAGCUAUAGCUUUGUUUGAUGUAGUCUCUCCUUGUGCUUUCAGCAUUAGGUUGAUUGAAGGUAGAUUAGUCAUUAGUGGCAACUACACUCAUUGGUCAAAGUUUAAUUUUUCAUUGUUUCUUCUCUGGGAACUGUUGUUUUCUAUGCUGUAUUGGUUUCUCUAAAGAUUUUACUUCUUACUGUAAUUCCUUUUUUAUGCUAUUGAUUUCUUCAUGUACAGAUUGAACAAGAUUGUAAAUAUACUUUUUCAAGCACUUUUAUAAUAUAAUGCUUUUAUAAUUC